AUGGGGGUUGCCAAUUCUUUGGCGGCCGUCAAAAUAGGUGGCGCCCGCCAAAUUGAAUGUACGAUCAAUGGAUUAGGCGAGAGGGCUGGCAACACAUCACUUGAGGAAGUUGUCAUGGCCAUCAAAACACGCCAAGAUUACUUCAAUGUUAACGUCGGCAUAGAUACAGCUCAGAUUGUCCCUAGCUCUAAGCUCAUCUCACAAAUUACAGGAUUUGUUGUUCAACCGAAUAAAGCGAUUGUCGGUGCAAAUGCGUUUGCUCACGCUUCUGGCAUUCAUCAAGAUGGAAUUUUAAAGGCCCGUGAUACUUAUGAAAUUAUGCGUGCUGAAGAUGUCGGCUGGAGCGCUAAUAAAAUUGUUCUUGGUAAGUUGUCAGGUAGGAAUGCCUUUAAGCUAAGAACUCAAGAACUUGGUAUUGAGCUAAGCGGUGAAGCGGCACUUAAUGAAGCUUUUGUCAGGUUUAAAGACUUGGCAGACAAGAAGUCAGAAAUUUAUGACGAAGAUAUCAUGGCUCUUUUUUCUGAUUCAUUAGAAUCUAGCCAGUUUUAUCAAUUUGUGUCAUUAUCUCAACACUCUGAAACUGGCGAACAACCAUCUGCCACCGUGACAAUCAGCGAAGGUAAUCAAGAAGUCACGACGCAAGCGCACGGUAAUGGCCCUGUUGAUGCAGCGAUGAAUGCGAUUGAAAAACACGUUCAGAGCAAAGCAGAACUGAUUUUGUAUUCUGUCAAUGCCAUCACCACAGGAACUCAGUCACAAGGUGAAGUGACUGUUAGGCUUGCAAAAGGUGGGCGCAUCGUCAAUGGUGUUGGCACUGACCCUGACAUUGUUGCUGCAUCUGCCAAAGCAUACUUGGCAGCACUUAACAAACUCCACUCUGAAACUGAAAAAGUCAGUGCACAAGGUAUCUAA